AUUGCUCUCAGACUUCUCUGAUGACAUCGUAUUUGUCAGUUGACGUUGUCAGUCAUUCAUUUCUUUUCAAUCACAUUAGUGAUUCUGAUUCACCCCCUCUUAAUUUAUCAACAACAGUGUCUGCAAUAAGUUUGAGUUUUUGUUAAAUGUUCUUUUAUCUAAGUUUCUAACUUAGGUUUUAAUUUAUAAGUAAAUUUGAAUUAAGCAAAAGUGUGGCAUAGAAUUAUGUGUUCAUUGUAAUUAAUUUAUAUUUUUAGAGUAUAGAAUCACAAACAUUUUGUAACUUAUUUAUUGAAGUCCUUGGGCAUAAUAUAGUUGGUUACUCAAAUGUUCUCAAGAAAGAAACAACCCGUUAAAUCAAAACCAAGAACAGGACGAAACCUUUCACAGUAUGGACUCUUUGACAUACCUGACAUGGACAAUGUUGGUGGUGCAGACAACAUGGAUGAUGAUGAUGACGACGAUGAAUUGGAAGCAGAACUGUUGGCCAUUACUGGAGAAUCAAGUGCUCCUCGAAAACCAAAAAAAGCUCCAGCAGCAAUAGGACUUCCUGCAGCAGACCUAGACCUCAUGGUAGCUGCUAGCCUUCGAGAUCUGCCUUCGGAUGCAGAGCUCUCUGGCGAUGAUGACGACCCUGACCUUCUGGAGGAGUUAAGUGCAAUUACGGGAGAAGAGGAUAGCAGAGUGGAUGCUCCUCCUUCCUCUGCCACCCAGGGAGGAGCCUCACAAACCCAAGGUGUCUUAUUAAGAGAGCGGCUGGCUAUGUACCAGGAGGCUGAGGCCAACGCCAAGGCUACUGGGGAGUCUGCAAGAGCUCGCAGGCUUGCAAGGGGUAUCAAGACACUGAACGAGCUACUAAAACAGGCUGCCACCGGCCAAUCUGUCAGUGAGGAAGAUAUUCCCCCUCCAGUUGCAGUGAAGAAGUUGGAGCCCAAGCCUGUGACUUCGGACACACCACCAUCUCUAGUCGAGCCACAACCUGUUCCUCCGGUUGAGCGACAACCUUCUGAGCCAGCUGCAGCUCCGGUCAGACCUGCCCCGCCACCCCCCAUCCCUCCCCGUGGGGCUCACACUGGAGUACCUCUGCCAGGCUUGACUAGUCAGAUAUCUCUUCCAGAGACACCAACGUCCCCACCUCCUCAGGUUUCGUCAGAUGAGCCCAGUCCUACCAGUCCUGUUUCUGAUGAGGUGCCCAGUUCACCUAAGAAGAUUUGCCCAGCGCCAUCAAACACCAUGGUACUGCUGGUGGGUCGCAGAGAUGAGUACAAACGUGCAGCUCUGGUCGCCAAGAAAGCAGGAGAUACCAGCACUGCUAUCAGCUACAUAAAAAUUGCUAAGCAAUUCGAUGCAGUAAUAGCAGGGCUAGAAGCUGGCCAGCCGGUGGACCUGAGUGCGAUGCCUCCACCACCAUCUGUACCUUUACUGCCAGCUGUCCAGGCCCCACAAAUCUCUGAGGUCCAGAAAGCGGGGGCCCCAGAAUCUGAGGUGGGCCCGCCACCAGAACUGGCUGUUGAUGCUCCAGAAGAAUUUGUGGUGGAGGUGCCUGGAACUGUGCUGGAGGCCCUGGAACAGAGGAUGGCCAAGUACAAGAGCCAGGAGGAUGCGGCCAAGGAGGAAGGCAACUCCAGCAAGGCUAGGAGGAUGGGCAGGAUAGUGAAGCAGUACGCUGAUGCUAUCAAACAACACAAGGCUGGCAAGCCCAUACCGGUUGAUGAACUGCCAACUCCUCCUGGAUAUCCUCCGAUACCAGUGGAAGGUGGGGCCAAACCUCCCCCUUCCCCUCAACCAGCUGCCGUGCCCUCUCCUCAACCAGCGUCUCCUCUCCCUCUGCAGCCAUCCCCUGUACAACUAGUGUCUCCUCAACCAUCGACUAGCUCAGAUUUGUCUCCUGAUAAGCCAAAUGUUCGUAAGAUGGGAGGCUCUCACCAGGAGAAGCAGUUGCAUCAAUUGUUAGAGAAGCAGAAGCAGUUCAAGUUGGCAGCACUGCAGGCUAAGAAGAAGGGGGAAGUGAACCAAGCCAAAGAGUACCUGAGGAUAGCCAAAGGUUUUGACAAACUUAUCGAGGCCUCUAAUUGUGGACUGCCUGUUGAUAUGGCCACAGUUCCUGUUCCACCAUCAGCUAAGAUUGCGCUAGAGACAGACUUCGACAUUGUAUCAGCUGAAGACUGUACUCCUGGUUCACCUGGCUCUGAAGAUGACAUACUAGAGAAGCUAGAAAAGGACCUUAUCGUACAAAUAAAGAAAUCAUUGGAGACCAGAAAUCACUUCAAAGCUGUCGGUGAUGUGGCCAGUGCCAACAGGUUCGAGCAGCAAGCUCUCCACUCCAAGAAGGACUUGGACCUAGUGAGGGUCGCUCGCAAACACAAACAUCCGGUGCCGAGAUACCAUUACGAGACCAGGAGUUUCUCUAUUGUCCAAUGCAACACAGAUCUAGGAGACAACGACUUGGAACUUACAAUUGCUCAAGGAGUCAACUACAAUGUGCCUAACCCCAAAGAAAUUGACACUUACAUUAGAUUUGAGUUUCCUUGGCCUACGGAAGAGCCAUACAGAGAUAAGACUGCCACUGUGUACAAUACCAACAACCCUGUGUACGAUGAGAAGUUUACAUUGCCAAUUCAAAGGAAUGUUAGAGCCUGCCAGAGGGUAUUCAAACGACAUGCAAUCAAGUGUGAAGUCUGGUCAAAGGGGUGCUCGCUGUGGUUUUGCAGUUCAGGCUGUUGUUCCUCCAUUCACAGUUGCUUUUCGUCUGUUCGAGGAUUUUUCCGAGGAGACUCCCUGAUUGGUACAGCUCUAGUGAAGCUACAGCCGCUGGAAACCAAAUGUAUGCUCCAUGAAUCAUUUGAUUUGAUGGAUGGCCGGAAGACUGUCGGAGGAAAACUUGAGGUGAAGGUCAGAUUACGGAACCCGAUACAAGCCAAGCAAGUGGAACGAGUAGAGGAGAAGUGGCUGGUUAUCGACCACUAGCCACUUCAUGCCACUCUUUUCAUUCAUAGCAGAGCAUUUUAUUUUUUGUAUAUUUCUAUUGAAGCUGCAUCUGUGGUUUAUGUACAUAUUAUUUCCGGUAACGUGCAUGCUGUAAAGUUACUAGUUUAGAUCAUAUUUAUUCUGUUACAUGCUACGAGAGUAGUAUUUCUUUUAGUUCACAUAAGAUAAAUAGUUAUUUUUAUGUAAAGCAUCGUGGAAUACUUUUUAACCCCUCUAGGUUAGAUUGUUUUUAGUUCAAUUUGUUAUAUUUUUAUAUAUUACUGAAUGCAAAUGCUGUUCAUUAUAAAAGAAAAUAUGUUCAAUGUUUUAGUACUCAAAUUAUUAAAUUUACCAGUUUGUAAAAAAAAUUGUGAAUUUUUCUUAAAGGUACACGUAAGUUCCUUUAAUUUAACUAAAGAAUCCUGCCAACCCUAGGGCCAUUCUAACUUAAGCUUGCUGUAAGACGAUUAUAUUGUAAGUUGUUUCAUAAUGAUAAUGUUGAAUAUUUUCUUGUUACAAUUGCUGCCUUACAAGAAAAAAAUGUGAUUUGUGAUUUAGGAUAGGCAAUAUACAUAAUCUUGGUUUUGUAAUACAGUUGUUUGUUUUAUUUACGGUGAAGUAAUGUAAAUUGCUGAGUGAGACAUGUAAAAUAGAGUAAAAUAAAUGUAUCAAGAUGUUCGAUUUUAAACUUGAUUCAAUAUUUCCAUUUCUAAUUCAAUGCUUCAUUGGGCAUUCUCCUAGCCAUAUUUUUGUAUGAGAUAGUCUAAUAUUUAAAAUUGUAUUAUAUCAUUACAGAACAUAAAUAUAGUCUAAUAUUUAAAAUUGUAUUAUAUCAUUACAGAACAUAAAUAAAUGGUUGUUUCUGAAAAAAA